CUGACUCAGAUUCAAGUGAGACUAGCGGCAACUUUAUAGAUUUAGUAAAGUUAAUAGCCCGAUUCGAUCCAAUGUUGUGACUUCACCUAAAACAAGUAACAGACAAGACGACUAAUGACCACUAUCUCGGAAAAAAUAUUCAAAAUGAGCUUAUACAAUUAAUGGCAAGUCACGUGAAGGCUCAAAUUGUUGACAAAAUAAUAAAGAAUAAAUAUUACUCGAUUAUUCUUGAUUGUACUCGUGACGUUUCUCGUGUUGAGCAACUGUCAAUUAUUAUAAGAUUUUUUAAUACAAAUACAGCUGACAUUGAAGAACAUUUUAUUGGCUUCUUAGCCGUCGAAAAAACCACAGCUGAGAGUUUGACUAAUUACAUAAUCACAGAGCUAGAACAGUUGGGUAUAUCAUUGCAAAACUGCAGAGGCCAAGGAUAUGAUAAUGGAGCCAAUAUGCGUGGAGAAAAAAGUGGUGUCCAGAAACGUAUACUUGAAAUUAAUCCACUUGCUUAUUUUUUACCUUGUGGGAGUCACAGCUGGAAUCUCAUCCUAGGAGAUGCAGCAUCCUCUUGUGUUCAAGCAAAAUCUUUUUUUGGUUUGCUACAAAGGCUGUACACUCUGUUUGCCGGCUCGAGUCAGAGGUGGGCUAUUUUAAAAGCACAUGUAAAAUCCUUAUCGCUAAAACCACUUUCCGAAACUAGAUGGGAAUGCAGAGUAGAAUCGGUGAAGGCCGUUAAAUACCAACUAAGCGAUAUAUGUGAUGCUUUGAAGGAUUUAACAGAAAAUACAACAGAUUGUCAGUUGGUUAGUGAAUGCCAUUCUGUAGAAAAGGAAAUAACUACCUACGAAUUUGUAGUUGCUCUCGUCGUAUGGUAUGACAUUCUUACAAAGAUAAAUGUUAUAAGUAAAAUCUGGCAGAGCGAAAAAAUGCACCUAGAUGCGGCUAUACAACACCUAGAGGCAUUUACACAUUGGCUUGAUAAUUAUCGGGAAAAUGGUUUCCAAUCAUCCUUGGUAACAGCGAGAGAAAUAGCCGAGGAAAAUGAUAUUGAUAGAAAGUUCAAAGUCGUGAGAAGGAGACGUAAAAGAACGAAUUUUGAUUAUGACCGGAAAGAUGAAGCUCUUGAAUUGUCUGCGGAAGAGAUUUUCAAAAUAAACUAUUUUUAUGUCAUUGUCGACAAUGUGCGCGCAAGCUGCCAACCUAGAUUUGAGGCACUUAAACAUCAUGAGAGCAUAUUUGGUUUCAUGUAUAACAUAAAAAGAUUAAAGGAAAUUAGUGAUUGUGAACUUUUGAAGCAAUGCAGCGACUUGCAAAUAUCUCUAACAGUAGGAGAAACAUCUGAUAUUGAUGGACAUGAAUUGUAUGAAGAACUGAAUAUGUUUAUCCGUGUAUAUGAAGGAAACGACGACAUUAUCUCGGUGCUGAAAUAUAUAAUAGAAAAAAAUUUAACUGAAGUGUACCCCACAAUGGAAGUAGUCCUGAGAAUUAUUGCCACCACACCUGUGACAGUUGCGUCUGCAGAAAGGAGUUUUUCGAGGUUAAAAAUUAUUAAAACAUAUUUGAGGAAUUCGAUGACACAAGAUCGGCUUUCGGCCCUUGCUAUUCUUUCAAUUGAAAAUGACGUAGCUCAUUUGUUAGAUUAUUCUGCUUUAAUUAAAGAUUUUAGUCUUAGGAAAAGCCGCAAACAUCAUUUUUAAAUCCCUGUGUAUAUAUUUUAAGGCAUUUAUGUACCUUAGUUUAUCAUCAUUAAUAAUUUGUCGUCUUUAUGUUUGUUAACUUUUAUAAAUCUUCUAAUAUAAUAUUUUAAAACUCUAAAUUUAUUUAUUUAUAACUUUUGCAUUUCUCGUCAAUCAUCAGAAAUACCUAUUUCAAUUCACAUACUUUGCACAAAGGACAAGGGCCUCAC